GUCACAGGGAAUCAGUUGGCUUAGCUAGCGGAACWACAGCCGCAGCAGCAGUGGAUGGUACAGAUUCAGCAUCAGUUACGAGACUGGAACCGAGAUUUGCUUAUUUAAUCAAUACUCAUGUCAAAAACAAGGAAACCUGUAAAUGACAACCUCACAGAGAUAUUUUGAAUCCAAGCCAGCUGGGCGGUUCGCUGACAUGGAGUGGCAGACACCAGCUGUUUCGGAGAAGUACCAGAGCCGCUUUGGACGCCGKCCGGGGACAUCGGACAGCGUGGACACUGGUAUCGGCACCUCAGCAUCUGACAGCACCGAAGAUUUCCACAGUUCCAGCAGCAGCCCCUCCUUCCAGCCCAUCCGCAGUAAGAUCCCCAUCCCUACUGCACAUGUCAUGCCAUCCACGGCCGGCUCCCCGGCCUCAAAGCCCCUCAUGUUUGGCCAGGAAGACUCGGCGUCCUCGGCUGACGGCCGCAGGUCAUCUUCCGGUUCAAGAACUCCGAGUGGCUCCACGUCAAAGUCUUCCUCGCUCUCCAAAUCGGCGUCUUCGCCCAAUCUGGACGCUCAGGAUGUUGUAGGAGGCGAUCCCACGGGUGGGCCCAAGUCGGACUGCCUGAGCCGCUACCGCAGCCUCGUCAAYGGGCUGGACUACUCACUUUUCCCCACGGAUCGCACACGGGUGGACGAGGGACAGAAGUUCGACACUCCCGCUGUGGAACCUACCCUGAACCAGUCAGCCCUGUUGGGAGGGUUGUGUCCUGAUGUCAGACUCCGGUUACAGACGGCCGGGAUUAGAGACACCCCAGACAGUUUGUCUGAGGCGUACAGAGGCRCUAUGGAGCACAGCUUUAAGGUUCUGCCCGAGGCGAGGCCCGGCCUCUUUGGAGCAGCAGAAGCCUCUAAUCAGAGGGGCGGGCAUUCUGUCGCGGCCGGAUCUGCCGGUGUUUAUGCAAACCCUCUGGGUCUGCUGCGGGAGCACGCAGGUCCCAAGGUGUUCGAUCCACUGCGGCAGGACCGGUGUAGUGAACUCUCCAGCUGGCAGCAAAAACAGCAGCUGGAGACUUUACGCCUGCAAAUGGAACAAAUGCAGCUGAUGAAUGCAGGAGUAGGUACCCAGUACCCAUCUCUGUACACAGCCCCUCUGCACACGGAGUCGGGCAAGUGGGACGCUUUGGUYAAAGCCAGCGAGAGUUUGCUGAAGGAGAAGGAGCUCAUCAUCGAGAGACAAAAGCAACACAUGGCCCAGUUGGAACAGCGUCUGAGGGAAAGUGAGCUGCAAGUCCACGGAGCAAUCCUGGGUCGAGGGGCAUCUUACGCGGACAUGUGCAUGCUGCGUCUGCAGGAGGCUCAGAGGGAGAACGCAUUCCUCAGAGCGCAGUUUUCUGAGCGCACGGACUGCGUUGCCCUGGAGAAAGCCGAGGCAGAGCGCAGACUGGGAGCCGUCGAGGCCGAGACCCGCCGUCUCACCGAGAAUCUAAAGGAAGCCUGCGAGAGGCACGCAGAGGAGAUGAAGAAACAGGAAGAGAGGAUCCGGAGUCGAGACAAACACAUCGCCAACCUAAAGAAGAAGUGUCAAAAAGAGGCGGAGCUAAAGAGGGAGAACCAGCAGCGGAUUGAAACUCUGGAACGUUACCUGGCUGAUCUGCCGACCCUGGAGGACUACCAGAGCCAGAACAAGCAGCUCUUGGAGUCUGAACAGCAGGUCGCUCAGCUACAACAGGCCGCCAAAGAACUGGAAGUCACCCUGGAGACGACACGCUCUCAAGUCCAGGACAAAGACACGCAGCUGGAGGAGCAGAAACGCAGAGAGAGAGACCUGCUCACCACCAUUACCGACAUGCAGCAGCGUGUGCAGCAGGGCCUCGAGGACGGAGCCAGACUUCCUGGUUUGGAUUUCGAGAAACUUCGAGGGGAAAACAACUCUUUGAGAGACGAGCAGCAAAAACUUAAAAAGGUUAUUGAGAAGCAACAUAAAAUGAUGGAACAGCUCGGCUCUCAGAUUCAGGCUUUAGAGGAGCAGAUAUCUCAGGAGGAGAGCAGCUCUCAAGCUCUCAGAGAGGAGGUGUUGGCUAAAGAGCAGAAUGUGUUGGAGCUGCACACCGCCAUGAAGGAGCUGUCAGCUCAGAACCAGGAACUGAUGGAGCAGAAUCUGACGCUGCAGGAGCAGAUGAGUGACCCGGAGCAGAGGGGCACCAGCCAGGCCUCCUCGGUCCUGCAGCCGGCCGGAGCRCGGCUCACUCAGAGGCUUCACUCAGAAAUCGCUUCCUGUCUCAGUGAGCUGCGCUCCCUGUGCAGCAUUCUGACUCAGAGAGCCCAGGGACAAGACCCCAACCUGUCUCUGCUGCUUGGCCUCACAUCACCUCCAGCACCGGCAGAGCAGGGCGAGGACUGGAUGGAACCCGACGUCCUGCAGAAGAAGCUGGUCGAAGCCCAGCAGCUCCGCCGUGACGUCGAGGAGCUCCGCAACGCCAUCCUGGACCGUUACGCGCAGGACAUGGGAGAGAACUGCAUCACUCAGUAAACAACGCAAACAACAGGCUUUCUGUGUGCAGGAGGGCGGCUGCUUCAUUUUCUCAAAACGAGGACAAGCUAAACCCCAAAUGGCUUCUAACCUCGGCGUCUUUCACCUGAUUGAACACUGAGUCUCAAGCCUGCCUGUAGCUCAGAACCGUCCCCCCCUCCCCCCAGUGGGUUCAUCUAUUUCAGUCCAAGGGCUAACAGAAAUAAUUUACCUCUAAUACUUGAUCCUUUUAGUGUUGUGUGCGCAUGUGUGUUUUUAAACAACUACCAAACAGUCUUAUGUUUUUGUUCCACUCAGGUGGACAGCUCUUUGUGUAGAAGUCCCGUUUUAAUUUAUUGAAACGUUGAUUUCCCUUUUUUAGGGGAAUUAUCCUUUUUAAUUGGUUGACAAUCAACUGGAAAUAUUUAGACUUGCUUUUUUUUUUACUGAAUUUGCAAAGAUGUUACUCGUGCACCAUUGUUUGGAAUGGUGAGCACUGUAAUAAUGGACUGAGCUGUGAUGUUUGGGACUGAACAACCUUUAUACCAAAUCAGCUUGUGACACCAACGGGCCUACAGCAGCUUGAAAACCAAAGAAGCUCUGGUCGAAGCUCCACCGUCGCUCUGAUCCAACACCAGCAUGUGCCUUUUGUCGUGUUUGCAGCUACAGAAACGCUGAGUCAUGUCAGACCAACUGAAGGGCUGAACUCUUCCAGUACGACUUUUUUUUCUUCUCAGUAUCAACCAGUAGACUAGGCAAUACAUUCCCUGACUCUGAAUGUAGACAGCUGUAGGUCAUAUCACAGCAGCCGAAGAAACCCAGACUUUUUUUUUCUGUAGUUUUGAAGUUUAUUAAAUAAAAGUCUGGGUGAGCUUUGUAGAAUUGGCUUUGUGUACAUUUCACUUUGUGUUGCUUCAGGCUGACUUACAUACAACAGAGUGGUUAACGAACUGAGAAACAGUAUUAGUUGUCAGUAUUUAUUUUUUUGUUUGUUUUGACAGCUGUUUGAAAGAUUUUUGAAGCGUUUUUUUUAACACGUUAGGAAAAACUUAGCAUCCUCGAUGUGUGAAGGUCUCAUGAAGUGGCUUUAGGUUYUUUCUCUGGUUAUUUGUGACAGGAAGUUGGAGCGGGAGCUGGUUCUCCCAUCUUAGGAUGAAGAAUUAUUACAGGAGGGAGGUUUGUACUCAUCCAGAGUAGAAAAAAAGCCAUUAAAACUUGACACUUUACAGGAACAGAAAGGGAUUUUUUUAAUGAAAAUAUGCAACAAUUUCUUUUCGGAAAAGAGAAAUCAGGAAAAACRUCGGAGGAAUGCUCGAGCCAUAUUUUUAUUUCAUGGGACCUUUUUUUAAACUUUAACUAGCACAAAGUUUCUCUUUGAAACAUCAGCCUUAACAUCUCAAAUGUUUUGCAAAAAUCCAAGGAAAAAAAGAGGCAUUUAUAUUUUCCUACUUUUGUUUGUAUGUGCAUACUUUAGAAAUAAAGAUUUUCAACAUUUGGUUUUCA